CCCUCACACGGGGGAUGCUCCCCCCUGGGAGUCACGCCCCGCCGACCGCUGACUGUCCCACAGCCGGGGGUCCCUGGGUCCCCUGCUGCCCCAGACCCACACCCAGGGACCAUUCGCUCCCUGUCAGCCUCCUACACUCCGGUGCCCCCUGCCCCCUCCUUGUGCCCUCCCUGUCCCCUCCUCUCGGCCCUUUCCCUCAGAUUCCCCUCCCACCCUCUGGCAGUGCCAGGCCUGAAGCGUAGAGGUUUCCUACUGGGAACCCUGCCCACCCUUCCAAGGUGGGCACAGGACCCUACAAGAGCUGCAGACUGUGCUGCUGUGGCUCAGCUGCUCCUCAGAAGCAGUUGGGAGCUUUCCUCCCACCACCCUUCGAGGCCAGGAAAUUAUUGUUAAGGGAAUAUUAUUGCCUUAUUGUGGGCAUUCAACAGCCUCUCUGGGACAGAGACCAGCUCUGACCCACGACUGCAUGUCCUGACCGCAUGCCCACACCCAGGGAGAACUCCAGUGUCAUCUGAAACUCACACAUUUUCCUACAUUACCUUGUUUCCCUAAUGCUGUCAUCAUGGUUUUCUCUUAGAGAGAACAUCCAAGAAGGAAGAUUUAAGUGACAGUGGCAGCACAGGGACCUUGAUGUUUUUUGAGAGUCUCACCUUGUGUGCGAGCUGUGUCCCUUCUAGACUUCAAACCACUCAGCCCACAGGUUGAAUCCAUGGCAACAGGGAAUCCAGCUGCAUUCCAAGCAUCAUCGUGAAGUAAAGAACCCUGGUGAAGGACAUGGCAACUCCAGAGAAGGCAACGACCCCCUUAGGUGCCAUGGGGGUGUUGGAGCCACGUCAGCUAAAGCCUGAUAGCGCAGAGACGGAAAGAAUCCUGACUGUCUUGGAUGAGACCAUUACCAAGCUGGAGAUGACCAGGUUGAUCCCACGGAUCACUGGCUCCCUGGAGAGGUUUGCUAGGAUGCUGGGACCUGAGAUCACAGCCAGCCUGUUGGAGCACCAAAAGCUUUCAAACGAAAUGCAGCACCUGCUCGCCAGCCCUGGAGCACAGGAGAGCAUGAGAGCCAGGGAGCAACGCCUGAAAUGUUCUCUUAGACACAUCCUGAGGCUCCUUCUGGCCAACCCUUUGCUUUGCCAGGGACUGAAAUAUCAAGUCCAGGUGAGAGCAUCACCAGCUGAUGCGUUUAUCAAAGCCUUUGCGGAGUUCAGGGAUUUCAUGCUGGAGAAGCUCCUGACCAGUCCUGCCGAAGAGCGAGAAAAGAUUCAGUUCGUGGAAGAAAUGUCCCUCAAGGCUGAGCAAAACACUGAAGUGAUCACAGCUCUACAGGCAGAGCUGGCAGCAGCAAUCCAGACUCGAAAGGAGGAGAUGGACAGGAAGGACAAAAUGAUUGAAGACCUCAAAACCACCAUGGAAAAUCUGGCCAAGGACCGCAAGGCUGAGAUCCAGCAGAUGAAGAAGGAAGGGGCAAAACAGCGAGAAGAGGAGGUGAAAGCUGCCCAGGGCAGGUGUGCCAGGCUGCAGGAGGACGUGCAGCGCCUGCGAGUGCAGUUCAGUGCCCUGGUAGAGGAGCAUCGAGCCUCGGAGCUGCUUCUCAGGAAGAGGAAGUGCAGAACGGAGGAGGAAAUUGAGAACUGGAUCCAGAAAUACGACACAGACAUGGCAGCAAAACAGGCCACGUUCGAGGCGAUUCACGCUGUCUACACCGAGGAGAAGGCCCAGCUGGCCCAGCUGAUGGAGAAACACGCUCUGCUGCUCCAGGAGUAUUCCCAGAUUGAGGAGGAGCGCAAGAUGCUUAAGCAGAAGGAGGAGGAGGAAUUGCAGGAGCAGGCCAGGAGGAACCGUGCCGCCACCCGCAUCCAGGCUGCCUGGAGAGGCUACGUGGUGCGGUCCUUCUUCAAGGCAAAGCUGAAGAAGGCCAGGGCCAAGGCCAAGGGCAAGGGAGGCAAAAAAUAAAGCCCCAAAUCCCUUCUUUGCCCCAGCAAAGCUGCUGGGUCUGAGCUCUUCCGGAUAAAAACAUUAAACUGUUAAGUUUGGAAAAGACAUUUAA